GCGUUGUCUUCGUAAAACACAAAAAAACCAACGUAAUGAAUAUGGAUUCUACUAUCCUAGUAUUCCCAAACAUGAACUGACAGUUCCUAGCUUCAAACAGUGAGAAAAAAAACCCAACUGAAAUGGCUGCUUCUUCAUUUUUGGUUACCUUAACCACCAAAAUCCCCAAAAUCACUUCUUCAACCCACCACAAAUCCCAUAAUUCCCAAAUCACCAAUCUCCGAUUCAAACCUUCUCCUAUUCGCACCCUCCUCCAUUCCACACGCAAACCAAUCAACCUCCGCACCAACGCCAUCUCAGUCCAAUGCCUCUUCACCGGCCUCGUCGAAGAAAUCGGCACCGUCAAACAAAUCGGAGCAUCCCCUGACGGCGGCUUCGACUUAAAAGUCAACGCAAAGACCGUCCUCGACGGCGUCAAUCUCGGCGACAGCAUCGCCGUCAACGGCACAUGCCUCACCGUAACACAAUUCGACACAGAAACUUCCGAUUUCACCGUCGGUCUCGCCCCGGAGACGCUCCGAAAAACAUCCCUCUCCGAAUUAGAGACCGGAUCACCCGUGAACCUCGAGAGAGCGGUGACUCCGGUGACUCGAAUGGGGGGACAUUUCGUGCAGGGUCACGUGGAUGGCACGGGGGAGAUUGUGUCUAUGGUUCCUGAAGGGGAUUCGCUGUGGGUGAAAGUUAGGGUUGAGAAGGAAUUGCUGAAGUAUAUUGUGCCGAAAGGGUUUAUUGCUGUGGAUGGGACUAGUUUGACUGUGGUGGAUGUUUUUGAUGAUGAGGUUUGUUUUAAUUUCAUGCUGGUGGCUUAUACUCAGGAGAAGAUUGUUGUUCCGAUGAAGAAGGUUGGGCAGAAGGUGAACCUUGAGGUUGAUAUUCUUGGCAAGUAUGUGGAGAGGUUGCUCAGUAGCGGGUUUGUUUCGUCGAUUGCAACAAAGGUUGAUGCUCUUAAACUAUGAUUAUCUUUGGAUUAACUUAUUUAAACUUAUCUGUGUAAUAGAAACCGCGAAUUAAACUAGAAUUGGAGGUUCUCAUUGUAUGAUUACGUUUUAUGUCUGUUACCUCAUUUUGUAUUUUUUAAUGAUUAGAAGUGGCACAACAUUAAUAAAAUCUGAAGUUUCUUCUU